UCGAGACGCACUUGAGUGCGGACGUGGUGCGCUUGGGCUUGCGAUUUCCUCCAGUGUCUUGCGGUGUCGUCGCAUUUUUCGUGCCUUCCGGAGCGUGGAUCCCCUGGAUUUUGCGGUGGUCGUUGUGCAAGUGCACGGCAGUCACGUACAGCCGUUGCAACAAAAAACCAAAAGUAUAGAAACUGACGAACAACAACCGCCAGAAGUAACCAAAUCAAUGUGGCAAAUAGUGUACUUUCGAUGCGCGCUCGUUGAUUGAUUAACACAUCACCUCCCACACACACACCGAGCACCAAGUACUCAGUACUCGGUACUCAGUACUUAUUACUCAGUACUCGGCUGCCUGUGGGUGCAAUCCGUUGGAAUUGAAAAAUUCGCGGUGUGCAUCAUCAGCGGAGAACGUUGAAAAAAAAACGUUAAAAGUGCCGCGACUGCAUUGUUUUGACUUUGAUCGUGUGUCGUGGUCUCCGCAAUCUACAAUCCUCCCUUUCGCCUUCCCAUCGACGAAGCGCGUGCGUGUUGUAACUUUUGAUUAGUCUUGGAGUCGGUCUUGGAUUCGGAUUCAGAUUCAGAUUCGGAUUUGGAUCUUCCAGUGCGCCUGCAUUUUUCGUAACUUAUCGCCGCCCACAUCUCGCUCUGGCAUUGCGGCUCGUUACCUUUCUUGAGCUGAGAUGUGCGUCCAAUUUGUGGCAAAAUUAAUUAUAUAAUUCCAAACACCGUUAAAAUCGCUAAAAAAUCAAUUGCACAAAAGAAGAGAAAGAGAAGCGCUUGAAUAGACACGCCAAGCGGUGCUAAUGCGAAAGGAAACUCCCCGACAAUCGCCAGAAAUUGUAAAGAAAUAAAUUAUACAAAAUGUCUAUAAAUAAUACAAGACAUUCGCCAUUCGGUUUCCGAUUCGGAGCCCUGCUGUUGCUCGCCGCCUGGUGCUGCUACCUCGGAUACUUUGGCUCGGAGGCCCAUGUGGCCCUCACCUAUCCACCUGCCCGCAAAUACGAUCUGGACUUUCUGGACAAUGCGCGGACGAAGGCGCCAUGUGGCAUGCCCAAAGGCUCCAUCCGCACAUCGCUGCUCUCCGGCACGCAGUUCAACGUCACCUGGCAUUUGGCCUAUGCGCACAAGGGCGGCUUUCGGUUGCAACUACUGGAUGCCCUCGAUCGACCUGUUUUGGACCUAACGCCACAUGUAAAUAAUUCGGAGUUCGUCAGCACCGAUGUCACUGCCCAGUCAUACGAGGUAAAGAUACCAAAUGACUUUGAGUGCUUCAACUGCACCCUCAGGCUGCUUCGCCAGGCGGAUGAGUGGUCGACCACCUAUCGCUUUUGGUCCUGUGCCGAUGUGGACAUCAAGUUACGAAAGGACUUCAAGGAGACCUGUUCGGGAAAUGGAAAAUACUUCCCCUCGCGAUGCAAGUGCGACAAGAACUUCUACGGCCCGCAGUGCCAGUACAAGGACGAGUGCUCCGCUGACUCCGAUUGCGGUGUCCAGGGCAAGUGCGUGGAUCUCGGAGGAACCUCGCUGCCCCGAAAGCAGUGCUACUGCAACUUUGGCUGGUUCGGAAUCGGUUGCAACAAGCGAUCGCCCUACAAGACCACCAGCCUGGACCUCUCCUCGUAUUCCAAGAAGGAGCUGUCGCCCGACUACCACGUCUACUGGCGGCUUCUUGAGGAGCAGAAGGAGAUCGAGAUGGUUCUCAAGGUAAACAGCACAUCGUGGGUGGGUUUGGGCUGGAGGCCGCGUGGUAUGACACCGGAGUGCAAGAACUUCCCGCUAGUAAGGGACAUUGGGGAUCUGACCACAACGCUGGAAGCCUCUGCUCCGGAACCGAAGAGCGAACCGGAACCCAAGAGCGAACCGGAACCUAAGAGCGAACCGGAACCUAAGAGCGAACCGGAACCUAAGAGCGAACCGGAACCUAAGAGCGAACCGGAGCCUAAGAGCGAACCGGAGCCUAAGAGCGAACCGGAGCCUAAGAGCGAACCGGAGCCUAAGAGCGAACCGGAACCCAAGAGCGAACCGGAACCUAAGAGCGAGCCGGAACCGAAGAGCGAACCGGAACCUAAGAGCGAACCAGAGCCAUCGAGCGAACCUCAGCCCAAGCGAUUAGCCGAGCUUAGAGCUGCACCGGUGCCCAAGAGUGAGCCAGAACCCACGAGUGAACCGGAACCCAAGAGUGAGCCAGAACCGAAGAGUGAACCAGAACCGAAAAGUGAGCCGGAACCAAAGAGUGAGCCAGAGCCGACUAGCGAGCCCGAACCCAAGAGCGAACCUGAGCCCAAGAGCGAACCGGAGCCCAAGAGCGAACCAGAGCCUAAGAGCGAACCGGAACCUAAGAGCGAACCGGAACCUAAGAGCGAACCAGAACCCUCUAGCAAACCGGAACCCACUAGCAAACCAGAACCCUCCAGCGUACCCGAACCAACCAGUGAGCCGGAACCCACAAGCGAACCGGAGCCUACUAGCGAACCUGAACCGAAGAGCGAACCGGAACCAAAGAGCGAACCGGAACCCAAGAGCGAACCGGAACCAAAGAGCGAACCGGAACCUAAGAGUGAGCCAGAGCCGAAGAGCGAGCCAGAGGCGCAAAGCACAAAAUCCAAGAGAGUUGCCGGAGAUUUCACCCAAAAGCAGGGAGUCUCUUCCGUUUCCACCAGUGUUUCCUAUCGCGUCAGCACCAAAGCAGAUCGUCAACGCCGUGCAGCAGAGUCACCCAAAAUCCGACUCAAUCCGUACACCCCACGACAUGACUUCAACGGCAUGGACUGCACGGACAUCGUGAUUGGAUCAGCUCGAGGAAUGGCCAGCAGGGUGGGUGACUACUACAGCCGGGAUCGAUCCACACCUCACGUCGAUGAAUUCUGGGGCGGCAAGUCAAAUCUGGCUUUGGGCACGGGCUUCGAGGAGAACGGCGUGACGACGAUCAUUUUCCGCAAGAAACUGGUUGCCGAUGAGCCCACCGAUCAUACCCUCGACGAUACCGUCACCCAUGUGAUUUGGGCCAAGGGACAGGAGCCGGCGGCUUAUGUCCAUGUUCCAGCCUCCGGUCUGGAGACACAGGCCUCGACGGUCAAGAACUUCUAUCUGCCCGAUGAGCUGAAAUACCAUGGCCACCAAAUGCAGCGAGGAGUCGCCCAGAUCAAUUUCUUUGAAAAAGAAAAGUCUGCCAAUAACACAGACCGCAAUGACCUCAACACCAAUGUUCUGGAUAACGAUUGCUUUGGCCACUGGAAGUAUCCGUCCAACUGCUCGCCCCAGGAGCACACCUGCGAGUACUACGCCGCCUGGGAGACGGUCGGCAAGGGUGACGAGAUGCGUUGGCACAUCGAAACGUCGAACACGCAGACCUGGACGGGAAUCGGUUUCAGCGAUGACCAGAGGAUGUCCCAGACGGACGCCAUCAUUGGCUGGGUGGAUGGACGCAGCGGAAGACCCUUCCUCAUGGACACCUGGGUGCUGGGCUAUGCUCCGCCCAAGCUGGACGAUCGCCAGGACAUCUACAAUGCCUCUGGAAGGAUAGAGAAGGGUGUGACCAUUCUGGAGUUCAACCGCAAGCGGGUUAGCAAUGAUGAACAGGAUCUGUCCUUCACGGACGACCACUGCCUGUAUCUUUUCUUCCCUGUUCUGGGAGGUGCUUUCAAUGUGGUAAACAAGAAGAUCCGAAAGCACGAGCAAGUUCCUCCAGUCUCUGCGCAACGUGUCUGCAUCAAAUCCUGCGGCAAGGAAUUGGAAUCCGUUUUUGUGGGCACCAGCACUCCGGCUCCCAGCCGUUUGGUCUACGCCGUGGCCGUUAAACUGAUGAAUUUGGGCGAAUCCUAUGAGGCUCCGAAACCGGGAACCGUAGAGUUCAACAACCUGGCGGCCACUAUAUCGGAUUCAUUCAAUGGCAUCCUAAGUUCUCAGACUGGCUAUUAUAAAACGGAGAUUGUUGGCUUUGAAAAGGAGGGCAGCACUGUGGUGGCCAAGGUUCAGGCCAUGUUCGACAAGGCGGAUGUGGAGAAGCAGCACGAUCUGCAGACCAAUGAGGUGGAAAAGGGCCCUGAGGUAGCGGCUCAGAAGAACGCCGAUGCGAUUCGAUCUGCUCUGAAGGACCAAAUUGCCACAGGUCGAGUGGGCUCACUGACGGUGGAUCCCCAGUACCUGGACUUUGAGGCCUUAGAAUACAAGAGCGCUUCAGAACCCAAUGCCAAGGAGACUCUACUCUCCUUCUUCGAUCUCUCCGAGACACGAUUGUACAUUGUCCUGGGCUUGAUUGCAGCCCUGGUGCUCAUCGCCUUGAUCCAGGCAUUCUGCACCAUUUGGAAGACCUCCCGGAAGAGCAAGAACACCAAGGAGAAACUGAUCAAGAACUCACCCUGGAAGGAGUUCGCCUCGAACACCAACUACGCCUUUGAUCCCUACGGCGAGACGGAGGAGAAGAACGUGACCAGCGGAACGACGGGCAAGGAGAAGGCUCGCCAUCGCCACCAGUCGACGACGAGUAGCCAGCAGACGACGCUUCCGAUGUCCCACUCGCCCACCAGCAAAUCGCAGAUGUACUACGAGAGUCCCAAUGGCCAGGGCAAGAACGGCACCAAUGGUGGACGUUCCACCCAGGAGAGCAGCGUGGGCGGUGCUUCCAACGGAGCACCCUACUCCCGGAGCUCCUAUGCGGAGCGAGCCUACUCGCUGCCCCGGCAGGCGCAUCACUACCAGCAGAGCCCGGCCAGCAUGCAGCCAUCGGGUUACUACACCCACGACCGGCGUGCCGCUCGACAGGGCAGUCGGGAUAGGGAGCGUGAGAGGGAGCGGGAGGAGGAACGACGCCAUCGCCAGGAUCGCGAUCGGGACUCUGGCUACGAUCGCUCGCGGGAUGAUCCGCGACAGAACGGCGGUUCCGACACACCCGACUUUUACUUCAUGCCCUCGCAGCGCAAGUAUUCCGGGGAAGUAGUACGCGUCUAUGUGGACUACAACAAGGAUCCGAAGCACUAAGGCUCAAAGCACAUCCGUCUAUUUAAAGCUCGUUUUAAGUUCUACCAUCUGUACUCCGUCCCUCCGUUUAAAGUCCGUUUCGGGUUCAAUUAUGAUUAUAUUAUCAAAGUUGUUUCUUUGAACUCGGAAAACAAUUAAUUUAAAUACUUUUUACAUCACUUAAAUUAAAUAUUGAAGAAAAAAUGUAAAAUUGAUAUUUCCAUGCUCGAAUCGAUAAGAAAAAGAUCCUCCUCUGAACUCUCCUUAGUUUCGAUUUUGCCAUAACGCAGCUUCGCUGCAUCGGCGUUUCCAGGUGCGCAAGCUUUACCACAAAACGCACAAUGCAUGAUUCCACAACUUAGUGAAUUGUAAAUAUUUUUUGAAUAGACAUUAAAGCUCUUGCAACAAGCAACAAAACAAAACAAAGCCACACACAAAUCACACAAAAUUAUAAAGCAAACUUUGCGAUUAGGUACGUGCAUUCAGAAUGUUUUCGCAUUGUCUUAUCUUAAAUGUGCAAAGAAACAUAGUCACUGUAUUUAAUCAAAUUAAAGAUACGCAUUAAGUACAUAUAAAUAAAGUUAAGUACAUUAAAAA